GCCGUUCAGCCUCCAUUAUCAGAUUGAUCACACAUACUUGCACGAUUGACCUUACAAGACCGAUCUUCCAGUAUCGCAGAGUCGCAUCAGUCAUGUUAUCUGAAAGGGAACUGCAGAUUAGUCCGAUUGUGCAGGAUUCGGUUAUGCACAAUACCAAGGUUCGUUGUUCUUUAGGCUCUAGAAGCUGGGGAUAGCUUCAAUACCCGUUCUGUAUAUCCUUCGUCAAUUGCACCGCCAGUCUGCCCCCAAGUCUACGCUAUUUGUCAGUUCGAGCAUUAUGCUAAGCUGUUAACAAUUGCGCUCGUGGCUGCAUUAUCGAAAUCGUCAUUGGCAUAAUUACGACGUCUUCCAAUUACUUGUCGACGAAAGCUAACCUCUUCGCUCUCACAGACGCUCACGACUCUGCACAACCUUACCGCAUCCCUCUUUGGUGUUGGCGCAGGGAUUCUCGGUCUGGAAUCAUACUCGGGGUUUAUCUUCUACAUCAUCUUCACCCUCCUCACAUCUGCGCUGGUCUAUGGCUUACGGGUACGGCCUGCGGGUGUACAAAAUGGCAAAGGCGGGAUUGAGCGAUAUUUCCAAGGGAGCAUGGAGCUUUGGACGGGAGGACUGGUAGACGGGCUGAGCGGAUUUGUGUUGACUUGGACACUAUUCUAUGGACUUGUCAGAGCAUGAAGAAGGAAUACCCUUGGCCAGCAUCAUUAUUGGUGUCGUGGUGGUGGUGAUGUUGUACUAAGAGGCCCUACUGGACACGGAAUCGAGAUUAUGAAUAUCUCUGUACGAUAAGAUGAUGGCGCUUAGGCACGGUAUACAAAUGCGGUAGGCUUUUAGGGCUGAGGAUCAGGACGAUAUGGCGUCACACAAGUACAACAGGUCAAAUUGUCAGAAUCGGGUGGCAGAGGUCGGCAAUUCCUCCCGACAUUUGGAAAUUCGAGGGGUAGAUCUGGAGGCAAUUUACGAAUGCCGGUAUUGCGACUCGAUGGGAUUGAAGACAAUGUUCCUUUGUCAAACGGGCCUUUUGCCAGCCACAGAUACCUUUCACGUUGAGGCUCUCAUUCCUGAAAAGUGGAACAAUCCAAGCAGCUUUCAAGAGCAGCCUCAUAGUUUCACAAU